UCCCUACCACCCACAUUUGACGUAGUGGUAUAAUCCAACACGUCAUGAAACAGGAUAUCCCAAUAGGCAAUGCGAAAAGAAAUGGCGUAGAAUCGCCAGGACUGUACGUUGGAAUUGUCGCGCCAAAUCCGCUGCCAUCGUCUCCAAAUUAAAGAUUUCAGUCAUAAAGAUUUACCAAAGCAAAGAUAAAAGUAUCAGUCAUCAUUCUUUACAAUUGGAGAGAAAACUUUGAGGCAGAUGAACUAGUUGAAGCCAUUGUGUUCACGGGGAAAUUAGGGCUUCGCCAAAAUGGCCGGCGUUUUAGAAACUCAUUUGCCGAGUGAAAGGUCAUACAAUGUGGCGUUGAAGCAUUGAAGGUAGCCACAGUGAGAACUGUCAAGUUCCAAUACAAGCACAACUUGAUUCCGAUUGCUGGAUUACUUCCCAAGACUGACGCUUAUAUCUGGGGGACACCAGUGAUACGGCCUGCGGGCAACGGAACGCCUCCAGCCGAGAACAAGCCCUGCGUUACAUCGCUGGAUCGUGCGUUUGGUUCCGUGUGAGACUUUCCUAAUGGAUGCGUGAUUGGGCGUCUUCAAUGAGUUCUACUUCCGGGAAAAUGCCCAGUUCCGAUCGGCCGCGACGUCGGGACCGAAGCGAGUCUUAUCAAGAGUCUGAGACCCGUCCCGAUACAGAACAUGGCCGGAGCCAGAAGAGACGUGAACGUUCAGAGCAACAGUCUGUCGUGGCGUCGGACUCCGUGGACGCUGAAGCUAAGGUCCGAAGGCGGAAGGAACGCAACAAACAGAAGCUGCAGAAACGCCGACACCGCCGUGCCAAGCGCUCCAAGGAAAAACAGGAGCAGCAAAGUAGGGAGGAUGGAGAAAGGAAAGACUCCACCGACUCUCAGGUAAAACCAUUGGUUGAAUAUGACGACAUCAGCUCGAACUCGGGAGGAUUUGACUCGGAUGAGGGGGUCAUCAUUACCCCUCCACGUGUGGAAAAACCUCCGAGACCCCCUAGUCCUAAACCUGAGCAUAGAGAAUCUCAUUCAAGAUCCAGCACUGCCAGCAAAGAGACAGCAAGAUUGAAAGAACGACAUAAAGACUCACCAAAAAGUAAAGACAAAGACAGGGAAAGGAGAAAAGAGAAGGAGAAACUUCAAAAAGCGUUGAAAGCAAAGCAGAUAGCCAAGGAAAAACAAAGAACUGAGAGAGAAAAAGAGAAAGAGCAGAAGGAAAAAGAGACGAGACCCUCAAGUACAACUUCAAGUUCCAAAAGCAGGGCAGAGGAGAAGGAAAAAGAGAAAAUGAGGGCAAAACUAAAGUUAAAGGCAGAAAAGGAGAAAAAAACGAAAUCAGAGAAAGUGGAAAGGAGGCCGAAAUCACCACCAGAGAAGAAGCCAGAAUCUAAAAAGUCUCAAGAUGCAAGGAAAGAAAAGGACAGAAGUCCUGAACAUUCAAAGACAAGUGCCAGUAGGCCAUCUUCAAAAGUGUCAAAGGACAAAGAUUCCAAGGAGAAUUCUAAACCGCAGGUUGUAAAGAAAGAACCUCGUGUGAAGGAAUUACCUAAAGCAUUCAGGACUGACCCUAGUCCACCAAAGGAAAUAGCUUCUCCGUCACAUCGGUCGUCAUCAUUUUCACCAAGUCCAACUCCACCAUCCAGAGGGCAUCAUAGUUAUAGCAGGAGCCCAUCAUAUAGACAUCGGUCUCCCAGCCCAUACGGUAGACGACAUAGUCCAAACAGCCCUUACAGAAGAAGAUCUCCGAGUCCGUAUGGCCACGGAAGGCGGACCCCCAGCCCGUAUGCGUACGACCGUGGCGGAUACUACAGUCCGUACGGACAGCACAGGAGAACGCCCAGUCCAUACGGCUACAGGUCUAGGAGUCCUUACCAUUCCCCAUCACCUUACAACAGGAGGAGGUCUCGGGAUAGGUCCCCUUACACUCCAGAAAGGAGGACUGAGGCUGUUUGGAGCAGCACCUCCCAGCAGGGAGGCCCUGAACUGCAGCCUCACGCUGCCAGCUCAGCUGGGAGAAGAGGACGUGAUGUUCAUGCUCACCAAAGGCGGAAGAGAAAACACUCCAGAAGUCGCAGCCCGUAUUACAAGGAAUCGCACAGCCGUUCUCGUCGCUCCAGAAGCCGCUCGCGACGCUCCCACAGCAGGUCUCGCCGCCGCUCCGGGAGUCGGUCCCGCCGGCGAUCAUCCAGCUUCUCACCGCGUAGCUUCCUGAAGAGCGAACAGCUGGACAAAACAAGAGCCAUGUUCGCGGGAAGCCUCGCUGCCGAACUGCAAAAGCACACCAAGUUCCGAAAGGAAGAGAAAGCCCGGGAGGCCAAGCAGGGUGUUGUAAAGAAAGAGAAGGCCCACACCACCAACGAAAUUAUAGUCAUCAAGGAUGAACAAGAAGAAAUAGAGAGUUCCAAGGCAGGAAGUGAAAGUACUUCACAAGUCUCCACUCCUUUAAGUGUCCGACAGGAGGUGAAGAAGGAACCUAAGACUCCUCCAGAACCCCAGCCAACUCCUCCCGAGCCUCCCGAGCCACCGAUGGCUCAAGAACCAAGGACUCCACCCACCCCAAAAGUAGACACCCCUCCCCCGCCCCCAUCUCCUGAGCGGCCACCGGAACCCCCCAUGCCCACCCUCCCCCCCCUUCCUCUUCCCCAAGUGGUACCACUAGAAGAGGAUGAGUUUGAUAGCCCCAUUAUAGAACCGCGGAAGAUGAAACUGGAAGAGAAACCGAAAAGAUUGACAGACUUGCCUCUGCCUCCUGAUGUGACCACGCCUCCUGAUGAGGAGGAACCUUUCCCAAGGGACAGAAGGCCCAGGACCAAACCAAAUUCCCGCCGACAGUAUCAGGAAGAGCGAACGGGUUCCAUCAAGAUUCCUAAAGUUGCUGCUUCGCGAGCCAGUACCAGGAACAAGGGCAUGAUCGAGUGGGGCGAGCGCUGUGUCGAUGUCUUCGAGAUUCUGUCCCAGGUCGGAGAAGGCACCUACGGACAGGUGUACAAGGCAAAGGACAAGCAGACAAAGGAAGUGGUUGCCUUGAAGAAAGUGCGACUAGACAACGAGAAAGAAGGCUUCCCCAUCACUGCCGUCCGUGAGAUCAAGAUUCUCAGACAGCUCUGCCACAGAAGUAUUGUCAACCUCAAGGAAAUAGUCACUGACAAGUCUGAUGCUCUGGACUUUAGAAAAGACAAAGGUGCUUUCUACUUGGUGUUUGAGUACGUGGACCAUGAUCUGAUGGGCCUGCUGGAGUCUGGGCUGGUGCAGUUUAACGAAGACCAGAUCAAGUCCAUGAUGAAACAGCUCAUGCAGGGUCUGGACUACUGCCACAAGAAGAACUUCCUACAUAGGGACAUCAAGUGCUCCAAUAUCCUUAUUAACAAUAGAUGGCAAGUCAAGCUGGCUGACUUUGGACUGGCACGGUUGUACCAUGCAGAGGAGGCACGACCAUACACCAACAAGGUUAUAACCCUGUGGUAUCGCCCUCCUGAGCUGCUUUUGGGUGAGGAGCAGUAUGGGCCAGCCAUUGAUAUCUGGAGCUGUGGGUGCAUUCUGGGAGAGCUGUUCACCAGGAAGCCAAUUUUCCAGGCCAAUCAGGAGCCAGCACAGUUGGAGCUCAUCAGCCGCAUCUGUGGGGCUCCGUGCCCGGCCGUGUGGCCUGAUGUCAUCAAGCUUCCCUACUUCCACACCAUCAAACCCAAGAAGCAGUACCGCAGGAGGCUAAGGGAGGAGUUCGCAUACUUCCCCACCCCUGCCUUGGAUCUGAUGGAUCACAUGUUGACCCUUGACCCCUCCAAGAGGUGCACUGCUGACCAAGCCUUGGAGUCCUCCUGGCUGAAGGGAGUCGACGUUGACAGGGGACUAACACAAGAACUCCCAACUUGGCAAGACUGUCACGAGUUGUGGAGCAAGAAGCGACGACGCAACCGUGAUGGCCGCAUGGAGGAACCCGUUUUACAGGCUAAGCAGCAGCGGCUGGACCUGGGCGUCGGAGCGGAGGGUUCAGCCCAGAAGUCUGCAUCGUCGGAGGGCCGCAGCAGCGCCCAGGGCGCAGACAGCGGCCGCAGGACCAAGCCACAGGCUGGAGCCGAGGCCGCGACGACGACAACCGCCACAGAUCCCACCGUAAGUCAGGCUCAGCUGGUGGGUCUCCUGAAACUGCUGCAGAACCAGCCGACUAUCAACGUAAGCCAGUUAGCCCAGUUUCUAGGUGUGAAGCUUGAUCCUUCCACCUCCCUCUUGAUAGACAACCUCCAUAAGCAGCUGCUGCUCGCUGCAGCCAUACAGCAGGCGCAGCCCAGUGGGGGAGGGGACGUCGGGAAGGCUCGUUCAGACACCCUGGGAGCACGUUUAGGCACCCCUGGGGCUAAACCCAAAACUCCCAUCACGCCCAAAGCUGCAGGGGCACCCCCUCUGCCUCAGGCUCCCACCAUCCCCUCCCAGCCUCCCAGUUCGUCUGCCGUUCCCCCACCGGCUGCAGGCAUGGCUGCAGCAGCUGCAGUAGGUAGUGUACCCCAGGCCCCUGCCCCAGGGGGGAAAGUCCUGCCCCACGGGGAUACUGACAUGCGGGGCCCAGGGGGGACAGAGAACCCGUCCUCGUCCACAGCUGGAGUCAAAGCAGCCCUGAUCCAACUGCUACAGCAGCAGCAGGCCACACAGAGUGGCGGGCAGACGGGCACUCCCGGGAGCAUGUCUGGGUCUAGUGUGGGGAGCAGUAGUCAGAUGGGGUUACAGCAGGAAACAGUUACCAGCCAGGCUAUACUAGAUGCGCUAAGUCAGGACUCUGUGUUCUCCAUGUCUGGCCAACCCAGCAGCAGCAAGCCCCUGGCCUCCAGCCAGUCGGGACAGGGGAGGGGAGGGGGGCGGUCGUACGGUUCUGGUGCAUUUGUUGGGGAUGUAGACUACAGAAUGGCGGGGAGGGGUGCUGGCGCAGUGAGCUCAACCGGAGAUGUUCCGAUGGCUGGUGGAGCGAGGGGUACAUCAGGAAGCUAUGCAACAGCGAGUGGGAGUGCAUACCCUGGGACCAGCUACCAACAACAACAGCCGUCUCCAGACAGCACACAGCCAGGCAGACCUAGUGGGCAACCUCCAUACAACCCGUCCUCCUCUUACGGAACUUGGCAAUGAAGACUGCUCAAUAAUAUAAAAAGUAUUUGUAUGCCAGGUUGUAAAACACAAGGGGUGUAAUGCAUGGACUGUGACAGAAUCUGAUGAGCUUUGCUGGUUUCCUAUGGGAUGUCUCGUAUACCUGUGACCAAAUGAUUGCCUAUCCACGCAAGGCGUAAGAAUAUUGCGUUUGUGUUGAUGCUAGAAGAUGUUCAAAUGUUUCUUAUUUGAUAUUAAGUUGUUUUCUUAUUCUUCUCUCUAUUUGGUUACUCGUUGGGGUUAGGUGAAAAAUUGUGAAAAAAUUAAUCAAAUGUCUUGUUACAGAAUAUUUCGUGGAUCAAGGCUUUGUAAUGUUUGAGAUCACUAGAUGUUGUGCAAUUGUCAAGGAAAUAUUGAACCAGAUUUGGUAGGAUUACUUGAAUGAUGUGCUUGAUAGUUGUCUCUCAAUAUCAGACUGUAAGUAUUAACUUUAUAGGUUAAACUCUUUGACAGUCACAAUUUUUUCUGUCCUCAAUUGUUAAAAGAAGAUGUGGUUAUCACACACAUGCUGCUUUCAACAGGUGCUGGGUGGGGAGGGGGGUACGUGAGAAUAGUGUAGCUGUCUAACAAACUUUCAAGUUCACACACUACUCACAUGCAACAGAUUCAAGUUCCUUUACUUGAGUAUGAUUUAGUAGUUUACAAAGUAGCAUUAACUGUGAUGUUGUUGUCACAUAACUGAACAUAUUGCUCACAUGUACACAUAGGCUGUUCUCUAUUGCGCUGAAUUUUUCCCUACAAUUGUUAAGUCCAUUACACUUAAAUCUGAAAUGUAACUGUACAGGGCCGCAGUAAUCAUAAUUGAAUGUAGGUGGCAUUUGCCGGACUUGCAGCUCAGAGAGUCCUGACUGAUAUAUGUACCAUUUCCAUAUUACGGUUCAAUAAAACAUAGUGAUGUAUAUCA